UGAUGGAAAUUUUCUGUUACAUUAAGAAGCUCAUAGAGGACAGAGCUGUUGGUGAGGAAGGUGUCGAGUUACUGCAGUACUGCAACUGGGAAAAUCCGCAUUUCGCACGUGCCCCACUCGUAUGGAAUAGUAGCUUAUGUCAAAAGGCUGGUUUUAGUAUAAUGCGGCAUUCGCAGCAUACCCUCACUGGCGCCGAGCCGUUGAAGAAAUUUUGGCAAAUAAACUUGCAAGAAAUAGUUCCGAUACUAGCACGUCCGUAUUCUUGUUAAGGGUCAUCA